AGGAACGUCAGCUGACUUUUUUUAUUUUGAAGGCACUUGAAGCGCCCGCUCCGGGACCUUGGGAAGCCGGCGGAGCAGCAGUAGCACGAUUACACAAAGCGAAUUUAAUUGAACAGCUCCAGUUCUGCUUCUCUAUUUAAUGACUACCACUUCCUAUGUAAAUAAAAGAAUGUGGAAGAAGAUAAGUUUCUUUGGGUUCUUAGCCCUCUGUUUCUUUUAUGAACCAUGCAAUGGUUUUCUCCAUAAAAUGUUUAAAAACAUCAAAGUUACAACAGUCGGAGGACCAGAUCCCGGAAAGCCUUUAUUUCUCACACCUUACUUGGAGGCUGGAAAGAUUGAUGAAGCAAAGGAACUCAGCCUAGUAGGACCACUCCCUGGAGUCAAUGUGAAAAGUUAUGCCGGAUACCUCACAGUUAAUAAGACUUACAACAGCAACCUUUUCUUUUGGUUCUUUCCUGCACAGAUCACUCCAGAAAUUGCACCAGUUUUGCUAUGGCUGCAAGGUGGUCCUGGAGGAACAUCAAUGUUUGGGCUUUUUGUGGAAAAUGGACCUUACCUUGUAUAUCCAAACCUCACAGUGGGUGAAAAGAAGUUUGCAUGGACCACAAAAUAUUCUGUACUCUACAUUGAUAACCCGGUUGGCACUGGAUUCAGUUUCACUGAAGACGACCAAGGAUUUGCCCGCAACCAAGAUGAUGUAGGAAGGGACUUAUACAGUGCACUUACUCAGUUCUUUCAAAUAUUCUAUGAAUACCAGAAAAAUGACUUCUACGCAACUGGAGAGUCUUAUGCAGGAAAAUAUAUCCCAGCAAUUGGUUAUUAUAUCCACCAAAACAACCCAUCAGCUAAAAUCAAAAUCAACUUCAAGGGGAUUGCAAUUGGAGAUGGACUCUGUGAUCCUGAAAUUAUGCUGGGAGGAUAUGCAGAGUUCAUGUAUCAGACGGGCAUUGUAGAUGAGAAGCAAAAAGAGUUUGUCAAGCAGCAAACUGAUCUGGGAGUGAUGUACAUCCAACAGAAAAAAUGGGUCAAAGCCUUUGAAGUUUUUGAUCUAUUGUUAAAUGGAGACCUUUCCCAGUAUCCAUCAUUUUACCAGAAUGUUACUGGCUGUACAAACUACUUCAACUUUCUUCAGUGUCAGGAACCAAAAGAUCAGGAACUGUUUGGCAAGUUUUUAUCAUUGCCUGAAGUGAGGAAAAGCAUUCAUGUGGGCAAUUUGAUUUUCCAUGAUGGAUCUGAAGUAGAAAAACAUUUAUUGGAGGAUGUAAUGAAAACCAUUAAACCAUGGUUAACUAUUCUAAUGGAUAAUUAUCGGGUACUACUUUACAGUGGACAGCUUGAUGUUAUAGUAGCCGCCCCACUGACCGAAAGAUUUCUGCCAACGGUCCCAUGGUCCAAAGUGGAGGAGUACAAAAAAGCAGAUCGAUUCUACUGGAAAGUCAAUUCAGAAGACACUGAAGUGGCAGGUUAUGUUCGACAAGUGGGCAGUUUCUAUCAGGUCAUCGUACGUGGUGGUGGGCAUAUUUUGCCUUAUGAUCAACCAGAAAGAACCUUUGACAUGCUGAAUAAAUUUAUUUCAGAAGCAAGCUGGUAAAAGAUAUACACUGGAGUUCUAGUUAAAACAGAAAAAAGUUUAAUUUCUUUAUUUUAGUUAUUACAUUAGUUUCAUUUUGUAUUAAGCAAUAAAAUUAAGAGAAUACAUAAUGAAUGUAAUAAUGCAGUUGUAUAUGUGACCACUGUUAAAUAACACAACAUAAUAAAUGCCUACAAAGACCUUUAUCUUUCAUAAAAUUA